AUCAAAUUAUUUUCAAGAAUUAAUCCCAAAAUUUGAAGGGGGGGGAACUAAAUGGCGGAGGGCGCAGCCAGCCUUACGAGCAGCAGCUGCGGCGACGAAAGCGACGAAAUCGUCUGUUUGGAUGAAUCCUUCUUCGUUAAUCGCGAUUAUGAGAUCGAUACUUUUACAUUUGGGAGCCAUGAACUUCACCUCUACUGCCUUCGCUCUGCUUCAACCGACUAUGAUCUUACUGGGCAAUUAGUAUGGCCGGGUGCGGUCUUGUUGAACAAUUACCUCUCCAUGAAUGCUCGAAUACUUGAAGGAAAAUCAGUCAUCGAAUUAGGCUCAGGAGUUGGUAUUACAGGCAUAUUAUGCGGUAGAUUCUGCCGUGAGGUUGUACUAACUGACCACAAUGAUGAAGUUCUUGAGAUUUUGGAGAAAAAUAUAGGACUCCAAGCAUCUUGUGGAAAUACAAUAUCUGCUGGCUUGACAGCAGAAAAACUUGAGUGGGGGGAUAUCGAUCAGAUUAGAGAAAUAUUACAGAAAUAUCCGGGGGGAUUCGAUCUCAUUCUUGGUGCUGAUAUUUGCUUUCAACAAUCCAGUAUUCCUUUGCUUUUCAAUACUGUUCAGAAACUUCUCCAUUUUCAUAAAGGCUGCAGAUUCAUACUAGCCUAUGUAUCUCGUGCUAAGAUCAUGGAUUCAGUGGUUACGAGUGAAGCUAUGAAGCAUGGCAUGACGAUUAAUGAAGUUAGCGGGACGAGAUCCACCAUUUCGAACCUUGAAGGAGUCAUUUUUGAGAUAUCGCUUAGCUAAUUUUUUGUUAACCGAACAUUCUAUAGUGAAGUCCUUUCUAUGUUUUCCCAGGGUGUUUGAUCAGAGACAGGUUUACGCUUUCAAUUUACAUGCUUGGCUCAAAGAUUAAGGAGAAACAUGUAUCUAUGAGGGCUUUGAAGAAUUCUCUUGUUCCCUACUUUUAUCGAAGAAAUUUUAGGAUU